GUCUCGGGCUUCAUAGACCGCACGAGCUUCACUGUAAACAAACCAGACGAGAAAAUCUGACCGGCACUUCCCUAAUACUCUUUCACUUGAAGCCAACAUGUUAGCGUUUAGUAGAACUGCUCUCAGUACCCUCGGCAAGCAAGCGACAACACCCCAAAGGCUGAUAGGGUGUAGGAUGUUGUCCACGUCCUUCAUAGCCAUGCCCACUGACAAAAAUGUUCAGCUGCAGAACUCUUCACAUUCAAGUCUAACCCCGCUGAGGCAGUCUGGUUUGAGAAGGACCUCACCCUUUUUACAAAGUUCCGGCAUGGUUCUCUGUCAGAUUAGGAACUAUGCCAAGGGGAAGGAUAAGAAGGGAAAGGGAAAACAAAAAGUCCACCUUAGUGAUAGAGAAAUGGAGGAAGUGGUGAAUGUAGAGCAGAUGAGGAACCAAUAUGCACAGACGCUGGAGAAUUUGAAACAGGAAUACAUCAAGAACCUAUCCCUCAGAACAGCUGUAGGCAGUAUAGAGACCCUUCCUGUGGAGUUGGAAGGGGACGAAUAUCCCCUGAACGAAAUAGCUCAGAUUUCACGCAAGUCACCCCAGAUGCUGCUCAUCAAUGCUGCGGCCUUCCCACAAGCCCUGCCGGGGAUUAUAGGUGCGAUAAAACAGUCCGGAAUGAACCUUAACCCACAGCAAGAGGGAACUACAAUUUAUGUGCCCAUUCCAAAAGUGACCAAGGAACACCGAGAGAACCUAGCCAAAAGUGCGAAGACGCUUUGCAAUCGAUGCAAGGAACAGCUCAGGGACAUACAGAACCGCUUCAUUCGCAAAGCCAAGAGCAAAGAUGGGGAAGUGUCGGAAGAUCUCUUGCAUGAUGUCCAGAUUAAGAUUCGCGAGAUUGCAGAAAGCUACAUGCAAGAGGCCGAGAAGAUGAUGACAGCGAAACAGAAAGAAUUGUUGAAGUCAUCGUAGGAUUUGGGGCUUUGGGUUAUCGUUGUUGUAAAUUUGUAUAAUUAAAGGUAGUUCUUGUUA